AUGAAGGCUUGGGAUCCAAAUCUCAAUCUACAAAAGGAAGAUAUUAGGAUUGUGCCUAUUUGGAUUCAGCUAGAAGACCUAGAAUUGAAGUAUUGGGGGCAAAAAUCUUUUUUUAAGAUAGUGGGGCAGCUAGGAAAACCAAUUUUGGAAGAUGCAAUUACAAAAGAAAGGGAUAAGCUGACAUAUCCUAGAGUGCUAAUAGAGGUUUCAAUGCAGCAGGAUUUCCCUGAUUUGAUUUACUUUGAUAAUGAACAUGGUAAUGAGGUCUCGGUGACAGAUAAAUAUGAAUGGAAACCCAUUGUUUGCAAGCAUUGCCAAGGAAUGGGACAUACAUCGGAGGACUGUAGAAGGAAAGAGGGGAAGAAGCAAGAAUGGGUAGUGAAAGAUAAGAGUAAAACGAGGGACGUGGGAGCUGAAUUGCAGCAGAAUCCUCGUGAUUUCCAGCCAGUGACAAAAGGUUGGAAACUAAAAAAUAAAGAACCAGUCCCUGAUACGCAAUUGACUAACACUUUUAAAGCUCUUGAGCUGAAUGAAGAUACUGCAGGAAUUGAAGUGCAACAGAGGAUGGAUCAAGAAGGGUCAAGCAAAGGAGGGGGUGGGGAGAGCCUCCUCUUCUUAAUGGAUAGAAUGCUUAGUUGGAACGUCCGAGGAAUCAACAGUCCAAACAAGCACAACGAGGUACGACAAUUUAUUGCUAAGAAUAAUGUUGGGCUUAUUGGUCUCCUUGAGACGAGAGUUAAGGCUCCAAAGCUUGGAGCCUUAUACUUGAGAAUGUUUAGUAAUUUGUGUUUCACUUCUAACAUAGCUUGGCAUAAAGAGGGAAGAAUAAUAGUUGCUUGGAAUCCGUUGAGCUUUGAAGUAAAUAUUAUCUCUUGUUCUAGCCAAGCUAUGCAUCUCUUUGUUGUUUCCACAGAUAAAAGGAAUCAAUGCUUUGUCACUUUUGUCUAUGGUUUAAAUAAUGAGGAGGGAAGACUUAAACUUUGGCAAGAAUUGAUGCUCUUCAAAAUCGAUGUACCAUGGGUAAUUCUUGAGGAUUUUAAUGACAUCCUUGAGAGAGAUGAAAGGAUAGGGGCUCGGAUAAAGUACAAUCCUUAUUUUAAGGAUUUUAUUGUUGCUUGUAACCUUGAAGAUGUCAAAUUUGGUGGUAGUUUUUUUUUUUACUUGGAAUAA